GGGCCGGUCUCUCUCUCCCUCGUCGUCGUGUGUGUGUGUUGUACCCCGAGAGCCGCGAGACCAGCUGAACGGGACGACCGCCGCGUAUUUUCCCGUCGUUCUUUCCGCGUCGUGUUUUCAUUCUCGGCUAUCCCCCAAAGUGUAUCGUACAUAUAUACAUAUACAUAUGCAUAUAUAUUUAUAUAUAUAUACAUAUUGUUGUUAAUCGCACAUUUAUCUUCCAAUCGUCAUAAUCCAGUUGAUUUUACAACCCUUUAAACACCCUUAAACUCUCUCCGAUCGACGGCCCCUCCCGCCCGCGACGUACAGUGUGCAUCGCCGAUUAUAAUCCGAACCUUUCGCGAAUCCUUCCUCGUGAGCCCUUCCCCUGCUACCCCCCCCGGAACCCCUUAAGGAGGACCAAAUUGUUGAUCGAAAAUAUUAUCGAUACAUAUACACUUGGAAAGGUAGACGGAGGGUGUGUGUAUAGAAACGUGUGAAAGUGUGCCCACCGGGGAUGUUGGUGGACGGAGUGACGAUGAACCAAGCUGGAUUUGAACGAGCAGCAAGUAUUUGUGUUAACGACUGAAUGUUGGUCCGGUUGGGUGAAGGAUAUAAAGGAAAAAGUACGCGAUGAGACGAGGCUGAGUGCGCUGUUUGUUAAGUGUUUUUGGUUUUUUGAGUUGGAGGAUUGAGUGCGCGGUAACGAUUGUCGGGAUAAUCGGGGGAUAAACUCAACGGACGAAGGCUAUGCUCGGUCAGUGGCUUCGUGAACGGGAUUGAAGCUCUGCGACGGGAGCGUAUGCGUCGAUGGGUUUGUCCAGACCGGAUGACAUCGACGGGGCCAUCCUCGUGAAGGAGCUUCGUUGCUCGGCGAGUCCAGGACGGAGCGAGGAAUAACCUGGUGGAAGAGGAACACCCGGCUGAUUAAAAGUGAUCGAGAUAAGCUUCGGGAGUUGGACGAGGGUGGUGAAGCUGCAGGGCCGGCCGUGAUCCGCGGACGUGCCUGCAGCAGAGUCAGAGCGGGCACCGGAGGCGCGCGUUCAGCAUGCAGCAUGACCCACGGUGCCCUGGAGGUCUGCUGGGAGCUCGCAACGAGACUCGUCAGGGUGUAUUGCUGCGACCCCAACAACGUCAUCCGCACCCCUCGAAACAACUUCAGGCUCAUAGCCAUCAUCGUCGUCGGGAAGGGGUCGAAGGGAAAGGAGAAAGUAAGGACCGGCGUUGGGAGGAGGGAGGUCAACUCCAAGCGGAGUCACCGGAGAAGCGUCAUCGGGGAAGGCAAGAGGAUCGUCAGGCUGUGGUCAAUCCGGUCGAGCAGGGGUUCGGCGUCGAUCUUUAUCGCGGCGAGUUCAGCAGGAGGCCAGCGCUCGGAGAAGCCAACGAGAGCUGCGGACUCGAAGGGGAACCGGAAAUCCCAUACCCUCGCUCCAAGCGGGAGGAGGAAAAGCACGCUCUGGAGGCACGAACAAGUCCCUCCUCAGGCUCACCAGUUGCAAAGGCAUCUGCGGAGGAGGCUUCCACCGCCGGGGAGGACGCGGACCAGAAGCAUUUUGUACAACAGGUGCAAGGACCUCUCCGACGUUUGGACCGGAGAGGAGAAGAAACGACGACGGAAGAAGAGGAAAAGGAGGCCCAGCGGAGGAUCAUCGUCCCACCAACUUCGUGCUUACGUCGACCGCUGGAUUUCGCGCUGGACUUUUCGGCCACCGUACUCACCCCUCGGUCCACCCCGCUUGGCGAACAGCCGAGAUAUCGAAAUACGAGGCUCCUCCAUAUUCCACCUGGUCAGGCUUCCAGGGGCCUGCUACAGACCCAGGGGAACUAGGAGGCGCCUCCCGGAAUCGGGAAGCCGACGCCACCGCCGUACAGGCACCGAUACCAUCAGGUUCCUGGCCAAACGGCCCGGGACGAGUACACGCGGGGCUGACUCCCUCGGGAAGGGACGCGCCGGCGGGCGAGUCGGGCGACCAGCAGCAGCAGGAGCACCAUCAUCAACACAAACAGCAACUACAACACCAACAACAAACGAAGGAACGAGGCUCAGCGUCAACGUCAAAAUCUUCUUUUUACUCCUGGGCGCAGAG